UCUAAGACGACGAGAAAAGAGAGGAUAAAGAGGAAGGAAAAAAGGCAACGACCAUUGUCCAAUAAAACCCCAGGCCCAAACCCCCUAAAUAUCGCGAUAAAUUAAAAAGACCCAGAAUCUUCAGCGACCUCCGAUUAUCUCUCCGUCGAGAAGACCCAAUCUCUCUCUGUCAACAUACAGGAUAACAGAACAACUUCUAUAUCCUCAUGGUUCGAGAAAAAGAUGUUUGUUGGGAGUAUGCUGAGAAAUUGGAAGGAAAUAAGGUAAGAUGCAAAUUUUGCCAAAGAGUUCUGAAUGGUGGCAUCAGUAGAUUGAAGCAUCAUUUAUCUCGACUUCCAAGUAAAGGUGUAAAUCCGUGUACCAAAGUAAGAGAUGAUGUUACUGACAGGGUAAGAGCUAUAAUAGCACAAAAGGAAGACACAAAAGAAAAUUCUUGCGUUACAAAGCAUAAGCUAACAGAAGCCAGAUCCACUGGCAAUAUCUCUGCAGUUAAAGCUCCUAUGAAUCUGGAUGCAGCAUCUCCAAUUUUGAAAGUUUUCCCUUCUGUAACACCAAUGGCUCCUCCCUCUUUGAACAACCAAGAAAAUGCAGAGAAAAGUAUUGCUCUUUUCUUUUUUGAGAAUAAGCUGGACUUUAGUGUUGCUCGUUCUUCAUCCUAUCAGCUUAUGAUUGAAGCAAUAGCAAAGUGUGGUCCUGGAUUUACAGGUCCAUCAGCGGAGAUGCUGAAGACUGCAUGGUUGGAAAGGAUUAAGUCUGAGGUGAGCCUACAAUCAAAAGAUGUUGAAAAAGAGUGGUCUACCACGGGUUGUACUAUCAUUGCAGACACGUGGACUGACAAUAAAUCAAGAGCUCUGAUUAACUUUCUAGUUUCGUCACCUUCCAGGACCUUUUUCCACAAAUCUGUGGAUGCAUCUUCAUACUUCAAGAACACAAAAUGCCUUGCUGAUUUAUUUGAUUCUGUUAUCCAAGAUUUUGGCCCAGAAAAUGUUGUGCAAAUUAUCAUGGAUAGUAGUUUCAAUUAUACUGGUAUUGCAAACCAUAUCCUGCAGAGCUAUAAAACCAUUUUUGUGUCUCCCUGUGCCUCUCAAUGUUUGAAUUUAAUCUUGGAGGAAUUUUCGAAGGUAGAUUGGGUGAACAGAUGUAUCUUACAAGCACAAGCCAUAACAAAGUUCAUAUACAAUAAUGCCUCGAUGCUUGAUUUGAUGAAACAGUUUACUGGGGGGCAGGAACUCAUUAAGACUGGUAUCACAAAGUCCAUAUCCAACUUCCUCUCACUGCAGUCGUUGUUGAAGCAAAGGUCUAGAUUGAAGCUUAUGUUCAAUAGCCCUGAGUAUUCUACAAACUCCUCUUAUACAAAUAAACCACAGAGCAUAACUUGUAUUACCAUUGUUGAGGAUAAUGAUUUCUGGAGGGCAGUGGAAGAGAGUGUGGCCAUCUCUGAGCCAUUUCUGAAAGUGUUGAGGGAAGUAUCUGGAGGAAAACCGGCUGUGGGUUCUAUUUAUGAACUAAUGACCAGGGCCAAGGAAUCGAUAAGGACAUACUAUAUAAUGGAUGAGAAUAAGUGCAAGACAUUUUUAGACAUAGUAGAUAGAAAGUGGCGGAACCAACUCCAUUCACCUCUACAUGCAGCAGCAGCAUUUUUGAACCCUAGUAUCCAGUACAAUCCAGAAAUGAAAUUCGUCCCAUCAAUGAAAGAAGAUCUUUACAAAGUUCUGGAGAUAUUACUUCCGCUGCCUGAUAUGAGACGUGACAUCACCAAUCAAAUAUGUACUUUUACCAAGGUCAGAGGGAUGUUUGCUUGUAACUUAGCAAAGGAAGCAAGAGAUACAGUUUCACCUGGGCUUUGGUGGGAACAAUACGGCGACUCUGCACCCGUGUUGCAACGAGUUGCCAUUAGAAUACUGAGUCAAGUUUGCAGCAGUUUCACAUUCGAGAGGCACUGGAACACGUUUCAGCAAAUCCACUCGGAGAAGCGGAACAAGAUCGAUAAAGAAACAUUGAAUGACCUUGUAUAUAUAAAUUACAAUCUAAAGUUGGCAAGACAAAUGAGAACAAAGUCUUUGGAAGCUGAUCCUAUUCAAUUUGAUGACAUUGAUAUGACCUCAGAGUGGGUAGAGGAGAGUGACAGCCCAAGUCCUACUCAGUGGCUUGAUCGCUUUGGUACUGCUUUGGAUGGGAGUGACUUGAAUACGAGACAGUUCAAUGCUGCCAUAUUUGGUGGUAGUGACCACAUAUUUGGUUUGUAAUUGUGUAACCUUCGGUUGCUCAUGUUGUAUCUUUUGUCUCCUUCCCAAAUUUCCAGAAAUGCAUUGCAUCUGUUCUUUGACA